CAGGGCCUCCUCCUCUCGCUGGUUUCCUCUCCCUGUGAAAUCUCGCGUGUACGGCCUGCACUUCCUCUUUCUCUCCCAGCUCGGCAAGAUGGCAGUCGGCAAGAACAAGAGGCUGACCAAAGGUGGCAAAAAGGGUGCCAAGAAGAAGAUUGUUGAUCCCUUCUCCAAAAAGGACUGGUAUGAUGUUAAAGCACCAGCAAUGUUCAACAUCCGCAACCUUGGCAAGACUUUGGUCACCAGGACACAGGGAACCAAAAUUGCCUCAGAUGGGCUGAAGGGUCGUGUCUUUGAGGUGAGCCUUGCUGACCUGCAAAACGAUGAAGUUGCCUUCCGUAAAUUCAAGCUGAUCACAGAAGAUGUCCAGGUCAAGAACUGUCUCACCAACUUUCAUGGAAUGGAUCUCACCCGUGACAAAAUGUGCUCCAUGGUCAAGAAAUGGCAGACCAUGAUUGAGGCUCACGUUGAUGUGAAGACCACAGAUGGCUACCUACUUCGCCUAUUCUGUGUUGGAUUCACCAAAAAGCGUAACAACCAGAUUAGAAAGACUUCUUAUGCCCAGCACCAGCAAGUGCGUCAGAUCCGCAAGAAGAUGAUGGAAAUCAUGACUCGUGAAGUGCAGACAAAUGACUUGAAAGAAGUUGUUAACAAGCUAAUUCCAGACAGUAUCGGCAAAGACAUUGAAAAGGCCUGCCAGUCCAUCUAUCCUCUACACGAUGUGUAUGUACGCAAAGUGAAGAUGCUGAAAAAGCCAAAGUUUGAGUUGGGCAAACUUAUGGAACUACAUGGUGAAGGCGGUGGUGCUGGGAAGCCUGCAGGAGAUGAGACAGGCGCCAAAGUAGAGCGGGCUGAUGGAUACGAACCCCCAGUUCAGGAAUCUGUCUGAGAUGCAUAAUCCGAAUUACAGCCUGUAAAGAAAAUAAACACUUGUUCUAUAUAA